AUGAUGAUAAAAAGGAUAGAGCUGUGUAUAGAGCUUACGAAGAUGGGAAUGGAGUUCGUCGCAGUGGUGGCUGAAGCCGUCCAGAUUGUCUGGCGGCAACACCUCAACCAUCGUACUGCUCUGCCUCCUCUUCCUCUCCUCCGCCAAGGCAUCUCCCCUUCUUAUCAUGCUCCAUAUCUCUUUGGAUUUCUCCCUUGAAAACCCUUUUCUCUUCUUUUUAUAAUAUCAUUUGCUUCUUUCUCUUACUAUCUUUCUUGUAGGCUUUUAGAUGUAGUUUUGUUGAUUUUUGUAACUAUAUGUAUAUUGCCAUUUUUCAUUAAGAUUUGCAGUUUUCUGUCGAGUA